UCCUUCCUUCCUUCAGAUGCUCAGGGAUGAGGGGCUGCCGAGGGAGGAGGAGGAGGGGGUCCUCUGCACCGCCUGCCUUCGCCACCAGCUUUUGUUCCCCCUUUGCGGCAGAGAAGAGAGGCGUCCAGCUCUGUGGCCAAAGACCCUCGCAUUCCCAUUCCAGCCAGGUGUGAAAUCCAUCCAUUUUUUUUUUUACCUUGGAUGGAGAAGGUGAGCCGCCUCUGCUGGCUUCUGGGGUGUGUUGUUCGUGCCUCUCGCUUGGCUUCUCUUGCAAGAGCUGUUGGCCCAAAAUUUUUUCUCAGAAUGACGCUGGGAACAGAGAUCACUACAUUUAUCAAAGCUGCUUCCUGUAGCGCAGCAGACCGAAACUUUCUGAAAUGGGAUUUGCAACCAGAACAAAUUAGAACAAGGACUGAGGAACUCAUCAGAAAAACAAAGCAAGUCUACAACUGUGUUGGGAUGCUUGAUUUGGAUAAGAUUACAUAUGAAAACACUUUACAGGCUCUGGCAGAUAUAGAAGUUGAGUAUUCAGUGGAAAGAAGUUUGUUGGACUUUCCGCAGCACGUCUCACCUGAUAAAGAUGUGAGGGCAGCAAGCACAGAAGCUGAUAAAAGACUGUCUCAUUUUGAUGAUGAGAUGAGCAUGAGAGGGGAUGUGUUCCAGAGAGUUGUCCAUUUACAGCAAACAUGUGACCUUAAGGCGUUACAGCCUGAAGCCAGAAGAUACUUAGAGAAGUCAAUAAAAAUGGGAGAGAGGAACGGGCUCCACCUUCCUAGUGAAGUACAAAAUGAAAUCUUGGCAAUAAAGCAGAAACUGAGUGAAUUAUGCAUAGACUUCAGCAAAAAUCUAAAUGAAGACAACACUUUUAUGAUAUUUUCUCAAGAUGAACUGCGUGGCCUUCCUGAUGAUUUUAUCAGUAGUUUAGAGAAGGUUGAAACAGACAAAUACAAAGUUACUCUAAAAUAUCCCCACUAUUUUCCUGUUCUGAAGAAAUGCAGUGUUCCUGACACCAGGCGGAAAUUGGAAGCUUCUUUUAACACCAGGUGCAAAGAGGAAAAUUCUAACAUUCUUCAGCAGCUGCUCCCUUUGAGGGCAAAACUAGCCGAGCUUCUGGGAUACGACACACACGCCAACUUUGUUCUUGAGCUAAACACUGCAAACAUCACAGACAAUGUUACAGUGUUUUUAGAUGAUCUAAGUAAUAAGCUAAAGCUCUUGGGUGAGGAAGAGAGAGCAUUUAUUCUAAGUCUGAAGAAAAACGAAUGUGAAGAAAGAGGGUUUGAAUAUGAUGAGAAAAUUAAUGCUUGGGAUCUAUAUUAUUACAUGAAUCUGACUGAGGAGCUCAAGUAUUCUGUAGAUCAAGAAAAGCUGAAGGAGUACUUUCCCAUUGAAGCAGUCACAGAAGGGUUACUGAAUAUUUACCAGCAGCUGUUAGGACUUGUAUUUGAACAAGUGGAUGAUGCUUAUGUUUGGCACGAGAGUGUUACUCUGUACACAGUAAAGGAUAGUUCAACAGGAGAAGUUUUAGGGCAGUUCUACUUGGAUUUAUACCCAAGAGAAGGGAAGUAUGGGCAUGCCGCAUGUUUUGGCCUCCAACCCGGUUGCCUUCUUUCCAAUGGCAGCAGAAUGAUGUCCGUGGCAGCGCUGGUGACCAACUUCACAAAGCCAACCCUGGAUCGCCCAUCACUGUUGCGACAUGAUGAGGUGAAAACAUACUUCCAUGAGUUUGGGCAUGUGAUGCACCAGAUAUGUGCACAGACUGAUUUUGCCAGGUUUAGUGGAACUAAUGUGGAAACAGACUUUGUAGAGGUACCUUCACAAAUGUUUGAGAACUGGGUCUGGGAGAAGGAACCUUUGCAAGAAAUGUCAAGACAUUAUGAAGAUGGGAGCCAGAUACCAGAUGAUCUCCUGGAAAAGCUUGUUGCUUCCAGGCUAGCCAAUACAGGUCUUCUGACACUUCAUCAAAUUGUUUUGAGCAAAGUUGACCAGGCUGUUCAUACUAAAUCUUCUGCUGAUCCUGCUGAGGAAUAUGCCAAGUACUGUGAUGAAAUUCUGAGGAUCCCAGCUACUCCAGGUACAAAUAUGACAGCUUCUUUUGACCACUUGGCAAGUGGGUAUGAUGGCCAGUACUAUGGGUACCUAUGGAGUGAAGUUUUCUCUCUGGAUAUUUUUUACAACUGUUUUAAACAGGAAGGCAUAAUGAAUCCAAAGGCUGGAAUGAAAUACAGAAAUCUUAUCCUGAAGCCUGGAGGUUCACUAGAUGGGAUGGAUAUGCUCCAAAACUUUUUAGGUCGCAAGCCAAACCAAAAAGCUUUUUUAUUGAGUAAAGGGCUAUGUACUUAAUAAAAACUAUGGGUUCUUUGUGAUCAAAUGUCAUCUGGGGAAUUGGUCUUGGAAUGCCUGUUGAAUUUCAUGUCUGGAUAAGUAAAGCACAUUAAUGUUCACCAGGAAAAAAAAUAAUCUGCUUUUCUAAUCUUUUUAUUACUGUUUUUCAAAAUCCAUAAUGAUCAGUGUCACCUUGAAAUCCACACUAAAUCACUGUACUGUAAGCUUUUUCUUUUUACUAGUAAAUUAUUUGUGGAUUGUGGUGAAGUCAUAAAAGAAGAAAUGUUGUAAUUUUCGAAAUUAAGUCAAUGUGUUGAAUAAAUGUAACAUGACAUUGAA